AUGGCAGAGGUUGCUACGGACGCUAACCUGCAAGCCUGUGAAUGUGGCUCCAAAUGCGAGUUUUGUGAUCCAGAAAAUCAGAAAGAAAUCGUUGAUUACGAUGGAUUGUCCGAGAACACGCCCACCUACAUUAGGCACAACUUUAUCAGAAAAGUGUUCACCAUUGUUCUAUGUCAAAUACUAUUCGCUUUCGGUCUCGUGUUGAUUUGCUACAACAUUAAGCCGGUAAAGAAUUUUUUCGUGAGAUACCCACUCUUCUCGUACUCUGUCACACUUCUAUACGUCAUUUCCGUGGUAAUAAUCGGAUGUGUGCCAGGGCUGACGCGAAAUCCAACAGUCUCAGCGAUUUGUAUUUUGUACUUCACGCCGCUGGUGAGCAUCAUGCUCACAGGCUACUGCUGCGCCUUCAGCUCAAAGGAGAUAGGAAUAGCACUGGGAAUAUCCGCGGUCCUCGUCGCAGGCCUCAUUGCCUUUUCAUUCCAGACCAAAUACGAUUUCACAAAAUGGACAGUUUUAUUGGCUUUCGCUUCGUUGCAGUUCAUAAUGGCCGUUGGAAUAUGCGGGUUGAUGAGAAUAAGAGCAAAGUACAUUGCCUUCUCAGCACUGGGCUCUGUUAUCUUCUCAAUCUGGAUCAUCGUGGAUGUGCAGAUGAUCAUAGGAGGAAACCACGUGUUGCAAUUCACAGUCGAUGAGUACAUGUUUGCGUCAAUGUCGCUGUUUACAGAUAUCAUAACAGUGUUCAUGGACAUACUGAGACUGGUUCAUUUCUAA